AUGUUAGCUCAAAGUGACUCGUUGAGGUUUCUUAGGCUAUCAAAUAAUCAUCUAAGUGGGAAGAUAACCCCAACUAUCUUUCGCUCAUCUUCAUUAGAAUUGUUAUAUUUAGAUGGCAAUAACUUUGAUGGAAAUAUACCUAGCAUUGGUAUCUCAACUAUCCCUUGGUACUCUCUUAAAGAUAUGGAUUUAAGUAACAACAAUUUGUCUGGAGAACUCCCAAGAUGGAUAUGGAAUGUGUCAAAUUUAAAUGCAUUAGCAGUAUCCAACAAUCAGCUCAAGGGUCUUAUUCCGAUGGAAUUGUGCUAUUUGGAUUCUCUUAAUAUUUUGGACCUCUCAAAACACAAUUUUUCUGGCCCAAUACCAUCUUGCUUCGAUGCACAAUCUAUUAAACAUCUCCAUUUGAGCAAAAAUAGAUUAAGUGGAACCUUGAAAAAUGCAUUCUUUAAUAGCUCUUCCUUGGUGACUUUAGAUCUAAGUGAAAACCAGUUGACUGGGGAAAUUCCAUACAGGAUUGGAGCUCUUUCGGCUUUAAGUGUCCUCCUUCUAAAAGCCAAUUAUUUUAUCGGAGAAAUUCCCAUUGAGAUAUGUAAAUUGUAUUCGUUAAGCAUCAUUGAUCUUUCUCAAAACAAGCUUUUUGGUUCGAUACCUUCUUGUUUGAGUCAUUUAACUCUUAAGCCGAAUGAUAAAAAGUCUUCAACAAAGACCUAUGGUGAUGGACUUCCAGUAAUCGUGAAAGGAGCUAAUUACUUUGGAUUGACUGAAUUUGAGUGGUCCACUUUAAGAGGAGUUGAGUCAUUCUAUGUAGAUCUCGUUAUUGAGAAUUAA